AGUAGCUGGUGCUGCUGCUGCUGGUCGUUCCGUGCUUGCGCCGCGGGAGCGAGCCCUGCUGCUGUCGCCACCGCCGCCGCCGCACCUGGCCUGGGCCGCUCUGGGAUGUGCAGCAAACGUCUCCUCCUGAACUCCAGUACUUCUGCCGCGUGCUCUACGGCUCCGGCUUUCUCUCUCGGGCGUCCAGGUUCCUACCUCGCGCCCAGACUCUGCCCGGCUUUUGCGGUAACAACGCAAGCGAGAUGCUGCCCGCCUUGACAAGCCACAAUACAUUUAAGAAGAACUGUCUAUUCUUCCCUGUUGUAUCUGGAGCCUUUUUACCAUAUCACUGAUUUCUUUUAUAAACCCCGAAGGCUUUUGACCACUGAAGACUGGCAGACAUAAUUCUUCUUUGAAUGUUCUUGGUCAAAAGGAAAUGUACCAGAUCUUCUAGAUGAGCAUCAGGAUAAAAAGACUGAAGAAGUCCUGAAGAUUGAUGGAGGGCCAUGCUAUUCAAACAGCAGGCGUUGCUGAGACAGAAGCUCCUUGUGCUAGGCAGCCUUGCUGUUGGAAGUCUCCUAUAUCUAGUUGCCAGAGUUGGGAGCUUGGAUAGACUGCAGCCCAUAUGCCCUAUCGAUGGUCGAUUUGGACUCCAUGGCCAAGACGAAAUUCCUCUCCGAGCUCUACAGUUUAAACGUGGGUUGUUGCAUGAGUUCCGGAAAGGCAAUGCCAGCAAGGAGCAAAUUCGACUUCACAGUUUGGUCCAACAGAUUCCCAAGGCCAUAAUAAUUGGGGUGAGGAAGGGUGGAACUCGGGCACUGCUGGAAAUGCUGAAUCUCCACCCAGCAGUAGUAAAAGCUUCUCAAGAAAUCCACUUCUUUGAUAACGAUGAGAACUAUGCCAAGGGCAUUGAGUGGUACAGGAAAAAAAUGCCAUUUUCUUAUCCUCAUCAAAUAACAAUUGAGAAAAGUCCUGCAUACUUUAUCACAGAGGAGGUACCUGAAAGGAUAUAUAAAAUGAACUCAUCCAUCAAAUUACUGAUCAUUGUCAGGGAACCCACAACAAGAGCUAUUUCUGAUUACACUCAGGUGCUGGAGGGAAAAGAAAGGAAAAAUAAAACCUACUACAAAUUUGAGAAGCUGGCUAUUGAUCCUAAUACUUGUGAGGUGAACACUAAAUACAAGGCGGUAAGAACAAGCAUCUACACAAAACAUCUGGAGAGGUGGUUAAAAUACUUUCCCAUAGAGCAGUUCCAUAUUGUCGAUGGCGAUCGUCUCAUUACAGAACCACUGCCAGAACUCCAGCUGGUAGAGAAGUUUUUAAAUCUUCCUCCAAGGAUAAGUCAAUAUAAUUUAUAUUUCAAUGCCACCAGAGGGUUUUACUGCUUGCGAUUUAACAUUGUCUUUAACAAGUGCCUGGCAGGAAGCAAAGGACGCAUCCAUCCGGAGGUGGACUCCUCUGUCAUUACCAAAUUGCGCAAGUUCUUUCACCCUUUUAAUCAGAAAUUUUACCAGAUCACAGGGAGGACAUUUAACUGGCCCUAAAGUAAAUUUCGUACAACACUGUGUGUUGCACCUGGAGAUAUGCAACCAUGUCUCUGUUAGAGUAAAAAUAUGCACUUUUCGUAUACACAGCUAUCAAAGUAACCCUUUUUCAUGCAUACUUGUAUAUAUGCAGUGUGUGACCAAAUAUAAGAUGGGAUCAAUUUUUCUACAGAGGAGUGAAUCAUAUAAAAUUUACUCUCUGCAUAACUGCAUCAUUUUAUGCUAUACAAUUAAAUGAGAAGAUGUCAUUUAAGACAUUAACUCAGCUAUUCAGUUCAGAGGAUCAGUACUCUAUUUGCUCCAUAAAAUUUAAUGCCAAACAUAUCUAGAGAGAAGACAAAGUGUUGCUCUAGAACUCAUUGCAAAAAAAAAAAUGCAUUGGAAAGUCUAAGAUGGACAUGUUAUGGAUACAUAUUGGUAAAAGAAUAUUGACCCUUUAAAGGUGUAAAUCUAUGCUUCAGACUUAUAUUGGUUUAACAGUCACUCUCCCUGAGGAACUAUACUUCUUUGACCAGAGGCAGGGGAUCUAUAACAGAGAAUUCUUGUCUGAUUUCAA